AAAGUGAGAUAGAGGAAAGACUUAAGAUAUUACAUGAAAAAAAAGGUUGAAGUGUGAUUGUAAGAGAGAGAGAGGAAAAGACAGAAAGAGACAGACAGAGAUAGUGAGAGAGAGAAAAAAAUUAAGAGAGUAGGGAGAAAAGGAGUAUACAAGGUCAUACAUAGGAGAAAGAGUGAGAGCUGAGUUUUGGAGGAAGAAGAGGAGGUCCAUAGAAGUACAAUGUAUUGUAUGAAAGAGAUGAACGAGUGAGUCAUGACGGAAGAUGAGAGCGUGCGAGGAACUUCACAAAGUAUAUUUGAGAAAAGGAGAAAAAUGAUAGAUGGAUUGAUAUAUAACAAGGCAUUGUAAAGCUUCAAACAUCACAAACGUGCUAGCAAAUAUGUUUUCCCAUAAAAUUAAUUCACUUGUACAUACAUGAAAAACAAUAUAUAUAUGGAAAUGCACAGGAUUUAUUGUUAAGUCAUUUAUGUCAAAUAUCACGUCUUACCACUUUCUCUUACUACUUAUCUUUAACCUAAUUGCCAUGACCUUUUCCAAAACUGGUCGCUGUGAAGAGAGAGGGCCCGAAGUUUUUGGAGAAAGUGAUAAUUAACAACUGUUUCGAUUACUUCUUAGAUGUCGAAAGUGGGAUUGAGGUAAGGAAAAUAACUCUCCUGGAACAUGUUUCUUGAAAGGCUGUUGUGAUCAUGUGUAUGCGUAGGUGGUUGUCAGACUAAUGAGGUGGAGGGGGUACAGCAGACCCAAAAGUGCCACCACCAUAAAAAUGUUGCCUGGGUCAUAUUGUCCCACACAGUCCUAACUACGCUACUGACAGUGCCGGCUGGAAUUUAGGAGAUACAAGAUUUUUCAGGUUGUACAAUGCAUGAAGGUGCUUUCCAUGUGUUCAAGUUGUGGUAGAAGUGUAAAAUUUUUGCAGGCAUUGUUGACAGUGUUCUUGGCUUGUAUUGCUGUAAUGUAACAUAUAACGAAGAUGGUUAAUGCAGAUAAUGUUGGAAUGAGAUAUAUACAACUUGAGAUUGAAACUGAACUGUUAAAAGAAAAUGGAACAGAAUAAUACUAAAGAAAAUGAUCUGCCUCUGAUGGCAAACAUAGACACAUAUUGUGUCCAGCAUUAUGUUCUGGAUUUGACGUGUGACUUUUCUAAAAAUAUACUUUCUGGAUCAACAACACUCUUUGUUAAUCGUGUUAAAUCAGAUCCAGUGAAAUCUCAUUCACAAAAUGACAUUUUACAAACAAAAAAACGGAAACACUUAAUUACGGACCAAAUUAUUACAGAGAAGAAACAGAAGAAUUGCACCGAUGUUUCAAAAUGUUCUGAAAGCAAUUCAAAUAAACUUACAGAUUCUUUAAACUCUGAUAAUGUGUCUCUUGAUGAAGAACAUUCUAGUUUUCUUCAGUCUGAACAAUAUUUAAAAGACUGCAAUGAAACUGAGUCAAAUAUUGCAACGCAUGAUAUUACAAGGAAUAAUGAGAAAAUGUCAAUUAUUCCAAAAUUGGGUACUGUUGGAUCUUCACAAAUUAAUUCUUCGUGUUUAGAAGAGGAAAUUUUACCAGCAGAUAUUACAUCAAAUGAUAAAAAUGUCAAAGAAAUAAUUGCAUCAACUGGCGAUCAGAGAAAUCUUAUGACUGCAAAGAAUAUAAGUAAAGAAUCUACAGAGUCAGUGAAUUCUUUUACAAUUUGUCAUUUAGAACAGAAACAAUUUACCAAAGUUUUACCUGGCAAUUCAGAUGUUAACCUUCAGACAGUGGAAGAUGGCAGUAAUCAAUAUAACCAUUCCAUAUUUAUACUUGAUGCCUGCGAUAUUAUUGUUUCUGAAGUUACUUUAUUACCUCUUCUUUGGUGUGAUAAAUGCCAAAAUAAAUGUUUUAAAGAAUGUGAAACGGGUGCUGAUUCCUCUGCCAAAAGAGAAGAAUUUUAUCAUCAGUGUUCUUUAAAAAUUGGUAAAGAAAUGUCAUUUAAAAAUGACAAAUGGUCACUGAGAGUUUUUGAGAAGGAUCCAACAGAAGAAUUCUGCCUAAAUUCCAAGUUUGCUAUUAAAAUUAAAUAUUCAACACAUGCCAAAGGGAAGUCAUUAAAAUGGGUACCAGAUCAAGAUGGGAAUAUGUGCAUGUUUACUUGUGGACACUGGAUAAACAAUAGAUCAUUAUUUCCGAGUCAAGAUCAUUCUGAAGCUCUGUCUACUUGGCAAGCCUAUGUUACUGUUGAGAAUAUUCACACAGUUAUCAUGACAGGAGAUAAAGAACCUCUGAUUACUAACACUGAAAAUGGAAAGUUUUGUUAUUUUUACCAGUCAACCAUGUUGUUACCUAGUUCUACAUUAGCCAUAGCAGUCGGACAAUGGGAACAUGCCACUAUAACACAUCUCAUGUCCACAUAUCAAGAUUCACAACAAAAUCAAAAAUGGGUUCCUGAAUUUUGUGCCUCUAUGCAUGGUUCUUGCAGUGUCAACUAUUCUAAGACUCCUGUGCCUUGUAGAGUUUUUGCUCCAAGAAGUCUCAUAUUAAAAGCAGAAUCAGAAUUUAAAUCAUACCUUCCGAAAUGUCUUACUAAGGCCUGUAGCAUUUUGGGUCCUUAUCCAUUUCGCCGAUUAGAUAUCCUUAUUACUCCUUCUUGUUUUAGUUGUCUUGGAUUGACAAGGAAUGAUAUUAGGUCCUCUGUGUUAGAUGAACUAUUUGAGUUACGAGCCUUCUUGAAAUAUAAAUUACUUUCUGCUGAACUGGAACAUACUGAUACGAGUCUGCAAAUUAUGAGACCAAACAGGGAUGUUCCUGAAGAAAAGAAAACUAAUUAUAUUAAAAAUGGUAUGAACACUGAGAAAAAAUGUAUGCAAGUACAUUAUUUAAAAGGUUAUUUCCUUCUCAGGUACCUUGCACAAAUCGUCGGAAUGGAGCAGUUUCAAGAUUUCCUCAGAGUUUAUGUCACUAAGUACCAUGGUCAACUAGUGACUUCUCAGGAUUUCCUCAAAUUAUUAUUUGAUGUCUGUCCUAAUUUAAGUAAAGAAGGUUUAAGCACAACACAGAUCUGUACAGAGUGGCUGGAUAGAGCAGGUCUUCCAGAACCUUUACUGGGUUACAAAAUACCAACAGAACUAAGUCUUAUCAGUGAUGUAUGUAAUCAGGUACAGCUUAUUGAAAAGCAUUGUGCACAAAAGAGUUCAGAACCAUUGGAAGAUUUAAUGGAUAUCCUCAACUUCAAGCCUAUAUGUCAAGACCAGAUUGUGUUGUUUUUGGAAUUACUCCUUGAUGUUGCUGUUCCAAAGAAUAUCCUGGACAAUAUCCGUGAAAAGUUUGAUAUUAGUUGUGCUAAUCCAGAUAUACAGCAUAGAUGGUGUGAACUCAUAAUAAAAAAUAAAUAUGCUAAAUUUUAUGGAGAUAUUAAGAAUUUUCUCUUAUAUCAUCAGGCAAUGAGUACAUAUUUAUAUGGUGAAAUGGUUUUAUCUGGUACCAAGAAACAGACAUCCAUUGCUAAAGAAUGCUUUAAGGAACUUUUACCAUACAUGGAAGAAGAUUUAAAGGAAACACUUCGCAAGAUGAUAUUUGGUUGACAUCCAAAGUGGCUUUAGAAUUAUUUUAA